AAGACGGUUUAAGAAAAUAACAAAGGGUUUGAGACAGUCCACGGAAAAGGAACAAGUCGAGGAACAGGAAGAGGGGGAUGAAGAAGGAGAGGCGACGGCAGAGGAAGAUUCCGAACCAGAGGAAGUCAACAAACAGGAAAAUGCGCUAACGUACGAAGACAAGCAAGAGAUCACACGCAAAGAAAAGGAAUAUCCUCAAGAAUUGCAAGAUGCCACGUCUGAGCUUGUACAGGUCAUGCAAAAAUCGCAAACAGCUCGCAAAAUCUCACUGGAAACAUUGGAGGCUCGUAAAACUAGUGUCAAAUCAUUAGAAGUAAUUCCUCAAUUUGUUGGAGUCAAGCUAAAAAAGUCCGAGAUCGUGAAGCGCACUUGGGACGAUGCAACCGUUGAAUCCGUUGACCUUCAACAUCACUUGUUUGAAGAGUAUCCAAUGAGAGAAGCUCUUGAACCAACAACCUUUAUCCGGCUCUCCACUCCAAUCGAGGAUAUUCCAGUGCCUACCCCUUCCGAUUUAAAGAUCAAGAAAAAGUUGAAGAAGCCGGUUGCCAAAGAUGACAAGAAGCCUUCAAAACCAUCCGUUUCCAAGGCCAGAAAAUUAAGCGUCCAAGAGAAAGCCCUUCAAGAUGUAGUUGCUCUGGAAGAGAUCAAACUAAAGCCUUUGUCUAUGUGCGAGAUUGUUAAGGCAAAGAGUGACAACAAAGAAGUUGAAUUCUUGAACUUGCAGCUCCGAAAGAGCUCAAUUACUCCAAGCACAUGGGAGGAGCUCAAAAUGGAAGAAGUAGACUUGCUUCAUCACGAAUUUGAGGCAACCCCUCAAACUGAAAUGACGGAGCAUCUUUCAAAAGUGGAAAUGUCGGAACAAAAAUCAAAGCCUAAGGAACGCUACCUCGGAAUGUCAUCAGAGGAAGAGUUCCAUACAGCUGAUGACGAAGAAACAAAGAGCGAAAACGUUCGGAAAGUUCGGAAAAUCGUCAAAAAACCUCGAAAAACAUCAAAUCUUCCCUUCAAGGAGAUAGAAGAACCAAAAUUGUCAUCCUCAGAUGAAGAUGAAGAUAGCUUUAAGGACGUGGACGAGCCGGAAAAAGAGCCAAACUCCAAGAGGAAACCCUCUAUUGAAUCGCCUCAAAAACAAGAUGUCAACCUGAAGAAGCGUAAGAUUAAGCCAAAACCGGCGUUAGAAGAACCUCAAGUUCCAUUCAAACUGAAGCAUCAUGAAUUUGAGCGAGCUCCUUUAAAUGAAGAGGAUGAGGAGCACUCUCAUGCACUUUUGACGGAAAGUUUGGAGCAAAAAUACACGAAAACCAAAAAGAGAAUAGUUCGGAAAGUUAAACCUAUGGAAGAUGAUGAAAUUCAAGAUGACCAAGAAACUGAAGCGCCAGUUGAGGAUACACAGGACACGACAUCAAGCGGAAUAACUCUCUCUGAGGAAAAGACCACCAAGAAAAAGCGAGUACGAAAAGCUAGACCAGAAGAACACAAAGACACUUUAGAUGAGACCAAUAAUGAACAAGGUCCAUUAGAAGAUCAAGUGGAACAAACUAAAGACAGAAAAGUUCGAACUCGACGAAUGAAAGUUGGUCCAGGUUCUGAACCUGAGCCCGGAGACGAAGAGCCUUUGGAGGAAAUGAGUAAGCCACAAGAGCAAAAACCUUCAUCUUUGGACGAGGUCAAAUUAAAAAAGACUCAGCCUCGUCAAAAGCCGACAGAACCAGAAAAGAAGAUUUCAAUUUCCUUGAAACACCACCAGUUUGAAGCCCUGCCUUUAGACGAAGAGGAUGAAAGGGAAACUAACGUGAAUGUAUCUGCUACUUGGCAAAAAGAUCAGAAGGAUAAGCGAACGAAAAUCGUCAAGAAGAUCCGAGAACUAAAACCAAAAGAAGCCGAUCCUCUUCCCCAAGAUGAUCUUGUCAAAUCUGAAGAAAAAGAAGAGAAUAACGAGGACGAGAUUCCAGAUGAUGAAGGAACUUCACCAGUGGCCGAGGAACCAACAGAACCAGACAAAGGCGACGCUGAAACCAACAUACGCAAAAAAGCUGUUCCACCUAAAGCAGAAAAUAUCGAAGAAGUUAAAUUAAAAAAGAGAAAACCCAUUCAAAAGCCCAAAGAAGAGCAGAAAACCAUUCCAAUACAUCUCAAGAGCCAUGUGUUUGAGUCCAAGCCUCUGGAUGAAGCAAAAGAGAAUGCAACGUCAGUGAUCUUGUCCCAAAGGUUGGACAAAGACAUCCGGAGCAAGAAAUUGCGUACCAUUACAAAGAAAACAAAGAAGACAAAGGAGAACUUGGAUUCAGAUGAACCCGAUCUUGAGGAUGAAGUGGUUCCAACAAUUUCAGCGGACGACGAACCUCCAGAGCUGGAUGGUGCAGAGAAGGAACCAAACCUUCCUGAAGAAACCAAGGGUGCUCCGGAAAAGGACAAGGAAACUCCAACCAUGGGUAAAAUUAAGCAAAGGCCGAAACAUGAAGAUUCUCAGGAACCGCUGACUCUUAAAAAGCACGAAAUUGAGGUCAAACCGGAAUUUGAAGAGGAGGAACUGGAUACCCAGGUAAAAAUGACUGACACUGAGGAUCGAUCUAGUCUCGAGCAAAAGAAGACGAAAAAGGCGUUGAAAGUGGGCAGAGAGCCACAAGAAGAGAAACCAAUUGAGAAGGAAGAAGAAACCUCUCCUGUUGAUACGCCAGAAAAGGAUAAGGAAAACGACGACACCAAACCUAUGAAACCGAAAAAGAGUGCACCAGAUAAGAAAAAACCUGACACUCCAUUGGAAGUGAAAUUGAAAAAACGAGUUCCCGUUCAAAAGCCAAAAGAGGAACCCAAAACUAUUCCGAUCAACUUGAAGAGUCACGUUUUCGAGGCAAAGCCGAACAACGAAGAGGAUGAGAAAUCAACGGACGUAAAAUUAAGCCAACGCCUGGACAAGGAAACCAAGGAAAAGGACCAAGUUGUCAAGAAGAAGGUGAUUAAGAAAAAGAAAUCCAAACCUGGAUCAGAAGAUCAUCCUCAAGAAGGUGACGAACCUUCAGAAACCGUUGAUGAUGCCCCAGAUCAAAGAGUACCUAUCCCCGAAAUUUUAAGUCAACCAGAUGAAGUUCCAAAAGACACUCAUGCAUCUGAGAUAUCUAAAGCCAAACCAGAAUCGACGACAAAUGAAGAAGAGACUCCAAAGAAGCGGACAUGGAAGGAAAAGUCUUUAUCGGACUCAACAUCAGAUAAGAUUACGCCAAAAGAUCAGGUCUUUGAAAAGGAACCAGAACCGGAACCAGAAAGAGAGGAGCAUGAAACUGAAGGGAUCAUAAAUGAAUCUCAAGAUUCAGAGAUCACGAGUAAGAAAAAGCCGAUAAAGAAAAUCAAGAGCGCGGCCAAAGGCGAAAAAGAGCGUGAAGAAGGUGUUCCCGAAUUGCCUCAAGAAACUGACCACAAGGCAGCGAAGAAAGACUCGCCCAAACCAGCCAUGCCUGAAACAUUGGGUGAGGUAAAACUGAAAAAGCGAGAGCCUGUGCAAAAGCCAAAGGCAGAACCUGUGGAAAUACCAAACAAUCUGAAGCAUCAUGUUUUUGAGCUUCCAAAUCAAGAUGAAAAGCCUGAACUGCAAACCCAAGUUGUUUUGAGUAUACCACUCGAGGAUGGCAAAUCUAAACAAGAUAAAGGAAUCAAAGUGACGAAGAAGAUCGUUCGAAAAAAGAAGCCAAAAGAAAAGGAUGCCGAUGGUUUAGACUCGGAUGCUGAGGAAGAUCAAUCUCAAGAAAAGGAAUCUCCAGUCAAAGAGCCUGAUCUUGAGGAGCCCACGUCAACUUCAAACAAACCAAUACCCAAAACCAAUGAACCUCAAGAAGAUGAGCAAAAGAAGAGGAAAGCUCCCCGUCUCCUCCCGAAAGACCAAGACAAAAAAGAAUCCAUUACCUUGAAAAAACAUCAAUUUGAAAAGAAGCCGCUACAAGAAGAGCUUGAAAAACCAACCAAUUUGAGUGUGUCAGAGGAGGAUCUAAUUGAUGCAUCUACUCGUCGAACGAAGAAGAUCGUCAAGAAAGUCAGGCGGAAAGGCGAAAAAGAGCUCUCUGAGGAGCCCGAAACUCAGGAGGAUGUGCCUUCGGAGGCGUCUGGUUCUCCAUCGACACUUGAUUCUCCAAUCUCUAAGGAGCCAAUUGUCGAUUCCAAGGAGAAACCAACGUCUCCCUCGGAUGUCAAGCUCAAGAAAAGAGUUCCUAAAGAAAAACCCAAAGAAGAAAUUCGACCAGAAAUGCCCAAAUUGAAACACCACGCUUUCGAAAAGCCUCUCGAGCUUGAAGAUCAAGAGAAGCCCACAGGCGUUAUUGCUUCGGAGCCUAUUGUACAAGACAAACGCAAGGGGCUCAAACAAGACGUUAUGGUUGUGAAGAAGGUGAUAAGAAAAAGGAAACCCAAGGAAAAGGAGUCGUCUGAAGAGGAGCAAGAAGAAGAAGAACCCAUUUCUUCUGAGGAGGUAUCUUCACCAACGGAGCCUAAAGCACCAUCACCUGACGCUAUCCAAGAGGAGCCUUCGAAGCCAUCAGUAGCACAAGAGGAGCCAAAACUAGACACAGAAUUGCCAUCGGAAACGACGCCGAAAGAUGAAAUACCCAAGAAGCCAAAGGUUAGUCAAGAGCCUCCGACAAAUUUGGACGAGGUGAAAUUGAAAAAGCGAACACCGGUUGAAAAGAAAGAAAUCGAGAGAGCAGAGAUUCCAGUUACAAUAUUGAAGCAUCACAUCUUUGAGCAAACCCCUUGUGAAGAAGCGACUGAGAAAACAAGUGGAGUUUUCGUCUCUGAACCUUUGGACAAGGGCGAUAAAACCAAAGCUACUAAGGUCACUAAGAAGGUCACUAAAAGAAAGAUUUCCAAGAUCAAAGAUGAACCUAAGGAGGAAGUUCCUAUACAUGAGGAGCCUUCAAUUGAGGACGCUAUUCCAACGAUCGAUGAACCCUUGACUGAAGACGAAGAAGAAGAACAACAACCAUCAGAACCUGCUCCGGAAGAAAUUGUCGAUGAAACUCCUAAUGAAAGAAGGUCAUCUCCAGUUCUGGAGGUCUUCCCAAUUCGUCCUGAGGUAGUUGACGUGACUGUAGAGCCCGAGGAGCUCCCCAAAGGAAUCACCAAAAAGCCUGUGAAGCAAUUGAAGAACCUUGAAAAGCCCAUUGAAUCGAGCGAGACCAAGUUGAAGAAGGCGAAACACAAGGAGAAACCGCCCAUCGAGAAGGUCGAAAUUCCAAUGAAACUCACGCAUCAUAUCUUUGAAGAGCUACCACACAAGGAAAUGCCCGAAAAAACGUCCGACGUUUCUUUGGGAGAACCGAUCGAAAAGGAGGAUAAGGACAAGAAGGUGAAGGUGACCAAAAAAGUCACCAAAAAGAAGAAUCCCAAGGAGAACGAAGCCAAAAGUCCAUCGCCUAAAGAAAGUUCACCCAAGCCCGAUGCAACAGAAGAAGCUCCUGCAGUAAUUGAGGAGGAAACAAAGCGAGAAGUUGUCGAGGUGCAAGAAGUGACUCCUGAGGUUGAGAACUUGCACAGAGAGCUUGGAAAGAAGCCGAUUAAAUUGCCUCCCAAAGAGCAACCGAUUGAGCUCCAUGAGAUCAAAUUGAAGAAAACUACUCCUCGCGAAAAACCUAAGGAGGAAAGGUUGGAACUACCGGAAACGAAACUGCGCAGCCACAAAUUCGAAUCUCCUCCACUUCACGAAGCGAAAGAAAAAUCAACCAAUGUGACGCUGAGUAAACCAAUCGAGGAUGGAACUAAAACCCGAAAGGUCUCAGUGACCAAGAAAAAAGUCCGCAAGGUUAAGCCGAUCGAGGAAACCACGCCUAUAGAGGGUCUUGUCAGCCCAGUAGAAUCUGAUACCACUGAUCGUCUCCCAGUGGAUGAGCCGAAACAAGAGUUUGCUCUCAAAUCUAGCCACGAUCGGCAAGAUUAUGUUGAGUUGCCUUCGUUUGUGAACUUCCCCUCUGAUCAAGGACUCGCUCCAAUAGAGGAGAAGGUUAAUGCCAUCCCCGCAAAGGCCGUUGUUCCAGAACUAAGGCCGGAUGUGUCUGAAACCCCUGAAAGUCUCGCAUUACCAUCGGUAUCAAUGCCAAAGAAACAAGCCUUACCCAAAGAAGAGCAUCAAGAUGUGCCUGUGGAUGAUUUAGAAUCUCUACCUGACACCCAAAAACCACUUGAGACAGUGCCGAAGGUGUCAGAAGAGCCGACCAGCGUUGCCAAAGCCAAGACUAAGAUAACCAUUAGCAAGAGAGCACCUGAGCGUGAACCGGUGGUUGAAGAACCACCGACCCCGACACCAGAGGAUGACAAACCUCUCGACAUUAAAGAAGUGGACGACAUUCCAGAAGACCUUUCUGAGUCUCGUAGCAUUCCUAUCGCCAUUGUCGAUGUACCCAAGGAUGAAUCCCCGGGCCCAGAGACACCUAUUGAGGGCUCGAGGGAACCAUCGGAGACCGAGAGUGAGGCCGAAGAUUCAGUGGACGUCAUGAAAAAGGCGUUGAAAAAACUGGAGGAACUAAAUCUAGGUUCAAGCGAGGAAUCCGACGGAGCUGAAGAUUUGGAAGGAGGGCGCAUCAUCAAUCAGAAGAAGCUGCUCAGGAAGAAGAAGCAGAUGGAGGUCGAGAAAGAACAGAGCGCUUUGACACUGAAACCCGGGAAGAGGAUCCAAAAAGGCUCGGUCACCAAAGAGUCCUUCACAUUGAAGCCAUCUGAACACACAAUGCAAGAUGCUGAAUUGGUCCAUCAAGACGAGCCGGAGAUUACGUCAGGCUCAACAACUACCAUCAGGAGAAAGGUGACCAAAGGUCAAAAGGUUGAGGAAGAGAAGAAAGUCAAUCCUUUCGGAUUAAAACCAAUCAAACAUCGAUCUUCAGUGAAGGAGGAUUCACAAUCGUUCAAACUGAAGCCUAUUAGUAAGGAUACUGUAGAUUCGGAUGGAGGUAAUACUCCCACAAGACUUAGCAGGAGAGGGAGCAGAAACACCGUCGAAGCCGAUCAAGGUGUCUCCAUGAAGCUGAGACCUACUAGGAAGAGCACCAAAGAAGAGAAAUCUGAGUUUGGAAUCACUCUUAAACCCACGUCCAGAAAAACCCAGGAAAGUGAUGACAACUCAAGAAUCUCUCUGAAACCCGUUCCCCAGAAGGAACCAUCUGAGCCCCAGGAGAUAGAGCCAGUAGAUCAAUCCGGGCCGGAGACAUUCACCACAAAAAUUACUCGACGGAAGGUCGGUAGGAAUCAACCUUAUGACACGGGGGAGGAGGAUGAUAGUGAAGUAUCAUUGGCUCUAAAGCCCAAAGAGGACCAACAACCUACAGACACAACAACACUUUCAAGCUUCAAAUUGAAAAAGAAGAAGGUUCCUCAAUCAAAACCAGAGGAGGAGAACGAGUUCCUUAGCGUUAAAUUGGACAAAAGGGUCAAACCCAAAGAGAAGAAGCCCUUGGCAGAGGAAGACGCCGAAUCCAACUUGCGACUAGUCAAGAAGUCGAAAGGCCAACCCGAUGAUGGCACUUCUCCUCAAGAGCCACAAGAUGAGUCCAAUGACGAAGGUUGGGGGGAGCCGGGAACAAAGGCAAUGGAAGGCGAUGGCUCCAGAAAGCCGAGUAGAAAAUCCUCAGAGCCUAAGCAGAAGCCAUCCUCCAAACCACCCUCGCCUGAGCCCGAUAACUCCAACGAACAAGAGCGACCAGCUCAAGAUAAAAAGAAAUCGACUAAGAAAGUGGUCAAAAAGAAGAAAAAAAUGACUCCGGGCCCAGAACCAGAACCCGAGGAGCCUGAGACCGAAGAGGAAGAAGAGCCUUCCAUUCCUCGGAUAGAGGUUUCGCCCGAGGAUAAGACGGGCAAACAACGCAAACCUGCACCAGAGCCCAAGGCCAAAGAACCGGCUGAGUCGGGCAAGAAGUUGAGCGUGAUGGACAAGCCUCCGGAGAGAAGAAUGUCCAUUCCAAGUCCGUCAGCUUCUCGUCGACCCAGUCUAAUAAUUCCUGAGGAGGGCAAACUCAGACCGGGAGAAAUUGAGUUUUUAGACAAGCCUUCUCCCGACCAACCUCAAAAGUUGUUGCUCUUGAGCUCUAAACAAAGACCCGGUGAAGUGGGCGAGGAGCGGGAGCGAAAGACCAGCCGAGCUGGUCGACCCGAAGAGGAUUCGGAAUGGGAGAAAUGGAUGCACCGCGAAUCUAUUCCUUUGGUGGCCAAGGGUGAACCUGGACCACCCAGAAUUGUCGAGAUUCAAGAGAAAUAUUGCGCCGUUGAAGAUCAAACGGCAUGUUGCUACAUGUUCAUUGAAGGUAAUCCGGCACCCACCUUCAAGUUCACCAAGGGCUCCAUCAAUAUUGUGGAAGGUGGUCGGUUCCGAUUGAUCAGCGAUGGUGACAACAACAACAUGAUCAUGCUGGCCAUUAGCAAGGUCAAAGCCUCAGACGAAGCAAAGUACAAGCUUACCAUCGAGAAUUGCCACGGCAAAGAUGAAGCCGAGUUCAUGCUCUUUGUGUCUGAUGAUAGUGGAAUGGACUUCCGGGCUAUGUUGAAAAAAAAGAAGUACGCCAAGUGGGGCAAUGACGACGAGGAGCCUGAUUGGGGAAACUUGAAGCACUUGGAGGAUGAAGGCGACGGUGGCAUCAAACCCAAAGAGAGGAGAGGAGAGGAUUGGCUUGAACCUCUCAAGGAUCAAUCGGCCAAGGAGAGGAUCGACAAGUUCGUCACUUUCACUUGUCGCUUCAGUCGAUCUGAGCCCAAAGCAAGAUGGAGCUUCAAGCGAGAUGAAAUUUUUCAAGGAACCAAGUACAAGAUGACGGCUGAAGAGGACAAUUGCCUUCACAAGUUGGUCAUCAGCAAUCCUGUUAUGAAUGACAUGGGCAAAUACGCUUGCGAGAUUAACGGAGUCAUCACUUCCGCAUACUUGGACGUAGAAGAUACAUCUUGCCGAUUCACCCGACAAUUGAAGACUCGUCGCGAAGAAGAAGGCAGCUCAUUUGAAUUGGAGUGUUCCAUUGACAAAGAGGAGGAAUCCGUGACAUGGUACUACAAUGACAUGGAGAUUACCCCUCGAAACAAUCCGAACUUUGACCACUUCGACUUCGAAGAAGAUGGAAAGAAGCGGAUCCUACGGAUCAAGUAUUGUCCAAUGACCGCAGCGGGCAAGUACAAAUGCACCACCCGUGAUGACGAGACUCGCUGUGAGCUCAUCGUAUACCUCAAAAACAAAUGGCUCAAGAAGUUGGAGAACAAAUCCGUUUGGGUCAAAGAGUCCGUUUGCUUCGAGUGCCAACUGGCUGAUGUCAAUGCCAAAGUCACUUGGUACUUCAAGAACGACCGUCUGCUGGACAUGCCCAACGACAAAUAUGAGAUCAAGGUCUUAGGCGAGGGUGUCCAUCAACUCAUAAUCAACGAUUGCCAAAUCGAGGAUAUGAACAGGGUUGAGGCCCAUUGCGUGGAUCUCAAGACCACGGCCAGUUUGGAGGUCAAAAAGAAGGAAGAGAAACCCAAGGUGGAUGUUGAAGAUCAGGAUGCCGACGGAGGGAAAGUCCGCGGCAAAUACAAAAUGAAACCUAGGAUCGUGCGCGAUAACAUUCAGAUGAUUGCCACGAUCAAGGUGGGCAGAUCCUACACCUGGGACAUUGAGGUCAUUGGUGAACCAAUUACAACCAAGACUUGGAGUCGAGAAGACACUGACAUCUCUCAGAACGAGAAGAUCACCACCGAGAACCAAGAUUAUUCCACAAAGUUCUCCAUAACAAAGGCUUCCCGGAAGGACACGGCCUUAUAUAAAAUAUACGUGGAAAACGAGAAUGGUAGUGAUGAAGAGUUCUUGGAACUUGUGGUUCUGGGGCCGCCUUCAAGACCCAUGGGACCCCUUUAUUGCACUGACAUCACUGCCAACUCUUGCAAACUUCAAUGGCUACCCCCAGAUGAUGAUGGUGGUAAACCAGUUCUUGAGUAUGAGAUCGAAAAGCUCGACCCCCGAACCAAGAAGUGGAUCAAGAUUGGUAAAGUGUCUGGAGACAAGCGUCCCUUGACCUUUGACGUGAAAGGUCUCGAGGAGGGCAUGGAAUACGAAUUCCGAGUCACUGCUAUCACUGAGGAGGGCGAAUCUGAUCCACUGUACACUGACUGUGCUAUCAAGGCCAAAAAUCCUUUCGAUAAACCAUCUAAACCUGGCAAACCCGAGAUCGUGGAUUACGACGAGAAGAGUGUGGACCUAAUUUGGACCCCACCAGCUUCUGAUGGAGGGGCAAAGAUCACACAUUAUAUCAUCCAAAAGAAAUUGUUCCCAAGCGAUGAUAAUUGGGCCAAUUGCGGCACUUUUGAUACUCCCACGGGCGAUGAAGAGCUAAAGACGACCAUCUCUGACUUAAAGUAUAAGAAAAAGUACCAAUUCAGAGUGAUUGCUGUGAACAAAGGUGGAGAGUCUCCGCCUUCCGACCCAUCGGAACCCCACUUGGUCAAGCAUAGGAAGCUUGCACCAAUUAUUGAUCGAACCAAUUUGGUCACCACAACCGUUCGGGUCGGCAAGCAAAUUUUCUUAGACGUUGAUGUUCAGGGCGAACCCGCUCCAGAUAUUCAAUGGUUUUUGGACAAGAAAGAGAUCAUGAAUAACGAUCACUACCGCAUCGAAGAUACGGAGAAUAAUACCAAAUUCACCAUCAAGAAUGGUCGUCGAAAGCAUACAGCUAAAUACAAAAUCGUUGCCACUAACAAACACGGCGAAGAUCAUGCCUAUGUGGAUCUUGUGUUCCUUGGCCCCCCAUCCAAACCAAUGGGUCCCUUGGAAGUCCACGAUCUCACCAAGAACAGUUGUCGGCUGAAAUGGAAGGCUCCUGAAGAUGAUGGUGGCAAGCCCAUAACGGGUUAUGUCAUCGAAAAGAUGGAUAAGGAUAAUGGCCGAUGGGUGCCAGCAGGGCGCACUGAUGCCGAUACCUUGGAGUGUCCGAUUAAGGGACUCCAGGAAGGACAUGAGUAUAUGUUUAGGGUCAAAGCAGUUAAUGAUGAGGGUGAAUCAGAGCCAUUGGAAACAGAGGCCGCCAUCAAGGCUAAGGAUCCAUUCGAUCGACCAAGCCCACCCAAGAACGUUCGCAUCAUGGAUUGGGAUUCCGAUCGAAUGGAUGUGGAAUGGGAUCUACCCGACUCCGAUGGAGGUGCCAAAAUUACUCACUACGUCGUGGAAAUGAAAAUCGGCAAACCGGGAGAGAGCUGGACUGAAGUUGGAAAAUCGGAUGGUCCCAAACGAUUCUUUUCGAAGAAGGAUUUGAUCAAAGGAGAAAAAUACCAGUUCCGUGUCCGAGCGGUCAACAAAGCCGGACCUUCUGAGCCGAGCGAAGCUACACCUGCUAAAGUAGCCAAGCCAAGGAAACUGGGUCCUUUGAUCAAUCGAGACGAUGUUUACAAAGAAAAGAUCUGGUGCCGAGUGGGCAAGAAACUCCGUCUUCAAAAUGUCAGAGUUGAUGGAGAACCUCCUGCGAAGGUCAGCUGGUACUUCAAAGAUGUGGACCAAGCCACUUUGCCCGACGUUCAAAUUGAUAAUCCUGACUACGAAACUUCGAUCGUGAUCAGUAAUGCCAGGCGAAAUCAAUCCGGAAAAUACGUCAUCAGGGCUAUCAACGAACAUGGCGAAGAUGAAUGUGAAGUGGAAUUUACCGUUCUUGGCCCUCCAGGGCCACCUGAAGGGCCAAUGGAAAUCUCAGAUGUUCACAAGGAAGGCUGCAAGAUCAGAUGGUUGCCUCCUUUGGACGAUGGCGGCUCUCCCAUCACCGAUUAUGUGGUUGAAAAAUAUGACUUGGAAACUGGCAAGUGGACUCCUUGUGGAAUUACGGAUGGCCCAGUUUGCGAGUUGGAUGCCAAAGGUCUCCAAACUGGAAAGAAAUAUCGAUUCAGAGUUCGAGCUCGAAACGAAGAGGGAGAUUCAGAGCCUUUAGAGGGACCAGAGGAUGCUACGCUCAUCAAGGAUCCCUUCGAUCCUCCAGGUCCACCUGGGCUACCCGAGAUCACUGAUUGGACUUCUACUACUGUCAAACUGAAGUGGAAGCCUCCUUUGAGAGACAAUGGAGCCCCAGUGGAGAGUUAUACCAUUGAGUAUAAAGAACCAGGAUCUGAUGAAUGGAUUGUGGGUCCCAAGGUGAAGGCCAAAAAGUUCCCUGAUGGCGAAGUGACUGGCCUUACUCCUGGCAAAAAGUACGAGUUCCGCGUUCGAGCCGAAAACAAGGCAGGACUUGGAGAGCCCAGCGAAUCGACCAACCCCCAUCUCAUGAAAGAGCGAUUUGCUCCACCCAAGAUUGACCGCACAAAUCUCGACACGAAAACGGUUAAGGUCAAUCAACAGGUCGUUAUCGAUGUGGAUGUAUCAGGAGAGCCUGCCCCUGAAACCACCUGGUUCUUCAAUGGCGAAGAAAUCAUCAAUUCCGAGACAAUCAAAACGGCACAUAGCCCCCAUCACACCAAACUCUUGCUCAUCCCUGCUAAACGCGCCAUGCUGGGCAAAUAUACUAUCAAAGCCAAGAAUAGUUCGGGUGAGGAUGAAGCAGAAGUCGAAAUUAUUAUUCGUGGCAAACCUGGACCACCCGAGGGACCAUUGGAAAUCUCAGACAUCACUAAGAACAAGUGCCAUCUUAAGUGGAAACCCCCUCUGGAUGACGGCGGUAGCCCCAUUGAAUACUACGAAAUUGAAAAGUAUGAUGUAGCUACAGAUCAAUGGUUGCCAGCAGGAACAUCCCCCACAUGUGAGGCAGAUGUGAAGGGUCUUACCGAGGGCAAGAAAUACAAGUUCAGAGUAAGGGCUGUCAAUAAGGAUGGUGAGUCACCCGACCUUGAAGGAGAUGAGACAAUUGAAGCUAAAAAUCCAUUCGAGCCACCCGGCAAACCAGACAAACCUAUUCCCAUGGAUUGGGGUCCAGAUUUCUGUGAGCUCAAAUGGAGGCCUCCCAAGGAUGACGGAGGCUCACCUAUUACUGGCUAUAUCAUUGAAAUGCGUGACAAAGAUAAGCGUCAAUGGAAGGAGGUUCUAAAGACCAAUGACAAGACCUUGAACGGUCGCAUUGAGGUACCUCAUAUUGAAGAGAGCCAUGAGUACGAAUUCAGGGUCAUUGCCGUCAACAAGGCUGGUCCAUCUGAACCAAGUGACCCUUCAGAGACCAUCAAAGCAGAAAACCGAUUCCAAAAACCAAGGAUUGAUCGAUCUACCUUGCAAAAGAAGGUCAUGUAUAUUGAUCAACUACUCCGCGUUGACGCUGAUUAUACCGGAGCCCCUGAACCUACAAUCACUUGGUACAACCCGAACGGAGACAUUAUGACAACAGAAGACCGAUUCACUGUUGAAAGUGAAGAUUACCACACUCAUAUGUACGUUCGUAAGGUAAAGCGAAGUGACACUGGCACUUACAAGAUCCGAGCCAAGAACGACCAAGGAGAAGAUGUAGCCGAGGUCGAGAUAUUGGUUGUCACCGUACCCUCUGCUCCAAUUGGACCCUUAGAGGUGGAUGGAGUUACUUGUGACUCUUGUCAUCUAACUUGGAAACCUCCCAAGGACGAUGGAGGAGACCCAGUGAAGUACUACACCGUUGAGAAAAUGGACCCAGAUCGUGGAAUUUGGGUGCCAUGUGGGGAGACCUUGGGCAAAACUACGGAGAUGGACGUCGACGGCUUAAAUGAAGGCACCCGAUAUUACUUCCGCGUACGAGCUGUCAACAACCAGGGCGAGAGUGAACCAUUGGAGACUGAUGAAACAACACUCAUUAAAAAUCCAUUUGAUCCUCCUGGACCUCCAGAAAAUGUCAAAUUGGUGGACUGGGAUAAGAGAUGGGUGAAGCUCAAGUGGGAGAAGCCAAAGGACGAUGGAGGGGCCCGAAUCACUCAUUACAUCAUUGAGAAGUUGGAAGCUGAAUUCAGCUCCAGGUGGUUGAAGGCUUGCACCACAGAAACAGAUGAUUGCAACUACAAGGUCACAGACCUAACGGAGAAUUCCAAGUAUAAGUUCCGUGUGAAGGCCGUGAACAAAGCUGGCCCUGGCCCUCCAUCUGAACCUUCUGAAGAGGUAACUUGCAAGACAAGGAAUGCUCCUCCCAUCAUUGACAGGACCAAUCUUGGCUUUUUGCGGGUCCGAAUUGGCGAGGUCAUCAAAUUCGAUGUUAAAGUUAGUGGAGAACCGCCCGCAGACAAGGUCUGGGAACUGAAUAAGACCGUUCUGAAGGAUUCAACAGCACUGAACAUCACAAAUGAGGAUUACAAGACUCGAUUUCACAUUACCACCGCUAAGCGAAGCGACUCAGGAACAUACUCUAUCAAGGCUUCCAAUAAAAAUGGAAGUGAUGAAGCCGAAAAGGACAUCUUGGUUGUUGGCCCACCAGAGAAACCGCAAGGUCCAAUGAAGUUUGAUGAGAUCUUUGCUGACCGAUGUCGAGUUGAAUGGAAGGUUCCUCGUGAUGACGGUGGAAGCCCUAUCACCCACUACAUCUUGGAAAAGAUGGAUCUGGCCACUAGUACUUGGCUGCCUUGUGGGAAGGCUUUGGAACUUCAGUGUAAUGUCAUUGGCCUUGAAGAAAAUCACGAAUAUCAAUUCCGUGUGAAGGCUGUCAAUGCUGAAGGCGAAUCUGAAUAUCUAGAAGGCUUAGACACAGUCAUUGCCAAGAAUCCAUUCUCGCCACCAGGUCCUCCAGGUAAACCAAUUCCUAAAGAUUACGACUUUGAUCGCUUCGACCUGAAAUGGGAUGAACCUAAGCAUGACGGUGGAUCAAAGAUUACUGGCUACAUCAUCGAGAUGAGAUCCGCUAAUGAUGAUAUUUGGACCAAGGCAACUGAAGUCAAGGACAAAUUGGAGUUUGGCACCGUGAAAAACCUUGAGGUUGGAGAAACGUAUGUGUUCCGAGUCCGAGCUAUCAAUGCCGCUGGACCAGGUAAACCUGGUCCUGAGAGUGACAACUUGAAGUGCAAGUACAAGAAAUUGAAGCCCAAGAUCAACCGACGAAGCCUCCGUGAAAUAACUGUGAAGGUUGGCGAAGUCAUUGAAUUUGACGUGGAUGUUCAAGGUGAGCCAGAUCCAGAUAUUACUUGGACCAAGGACGGAAGAUCACUCAGUGACUCGGCUACCAGACGAAUCACCAACAAACCCUACAAGACUCACUUCUAUGUGGAUGAGGCAGUUAGGAAAGACGAAGGAACAUACCUCAUCACAGCUGUCAAUAUUCAUGGCAAAGACAUGGCAGAGGUCAGAGUGUAUGUCCUGGACAGGCCUGGGCCGCCACAAGACUUUGAAGUCAGUGGUAUCUACAAGAACGGUUGCCAGCUGAAUUGGAAUCCUCCAAAGGACGACGGUGGCUCGCCAAUUGAAAGCUAUACUGUGGAAAAGCUGGACAUUGAUACAAACAUUUGGUCUCCAGUUGGUUCUACUCACAAUUGCCACAUCGACGUAACAACUUUGGAACAAGGCAAAGAAUACAAAUUCCGAGUGAGGGCAGUCAAUGCCAAUGGAGAAUCGGAUAAUGUUGAAACCAGGCCCAUUGUAGCCAAAGAUCCCUUUGGCGUGCCCUUGCCCCCUAGUGCACCAGAAAUUGUUGAUUGGAGUGAGAACCAUAUGGAUCUUGAAUGGAGAGAACCCAUUGACGAUGGCGGUAGUCCAAUCACUGGCUACAUCAUUGAAAAGAGAUCGAGAAACAACAUGGAAUGGACCAAAUGUGGACAGAUUGAGGGCAAUCGCUGCAAAGGAACCACCAAAAAUCUGACUGAAGGAGAAGAAUACCAAUUCCGUAUCAUAGCUUUGAAUAAGGCGGGUCCCAGCGAUCCUGGACAGCCCUCACAGUGGAAGGAAGCCAAGGCAAGAAAUCUUCCACCUCGAAUUGACCGCAAACAUCUUCGAGAUAUCACUGUGUCAGAAGGCGAGAUGUUGAAGUUUGAUGCCAACAUCAUUGGCGAACCUGCUCCUGAAGUCACAUGGAAAAAGGAAGAAAAAGAGAUCGAAUCAGCUCGAGACAGAUCUCUUAUGAUUACCAAUGUCCCUUAUAACACCAAGCUUAUUAUCAAGAGCUGUAAGCGAAGUGAUGCUGGGCAAUUCACCGUUUUGGCUAAGAAUGAGCAUGGCAAGGACCAAGUCAUUGUCAAUUUGACAGUAAUUGGACCACCAGGGCCACCUCAAGGACCUUUGAAGAGUGAGGAUGUGACAUCAGAUGGAUGCACUCUCAAGUGGAGAAGGCCCAAGGACGAUGGCGGCUCGCCCAUUGAGUACUACCAAGUGGAAAAACUUGAUCCUGAUACAGGCUUGUGGAUGCCGUGUGGGAGAGCUGUCGACACCAAUCUAGCCGUCAAGGGUCUAAUUCCCAAGAAAAAGUACAAGUUCCGAGUCUCGGCGGUCAAUGCUGAAGGAGAGUCGGAACCUCUCACUGGUGAUGAAGAAAUUGAACCCAAAGUGCCAUUUGGCGAACCUGGUGCACCCUGCAAUCUCAAAUUAGUGGAUUAUGACGCUGACUCCGCUGAUCUGAAAUGGGAGCCUCCAACCGAUACUGGUGGAGCAGAAAUCACGGGCUACCUUGUGGAGAAGAAAGAUGAGUUCGGAAAAUGGGUUCGAGCUCAUGAGGUUCCUGGAUCUCAAACCAAAUGCACUGUUCCCAAUCUAAUCACUGGCGAGACUUACAAGUUCAGGGUCAAAGCCAUCACAGCUGGAGGCAUUAGCGCCCCAUCCAACGAGGUUGGUCCUGUUCUGAUCAAGGCCAGAAAUCUUCCACCAAGAAUUGAUCGCACCAAUUUGAUUGAGGUGAGAUGCAAGGCCGGGGAUUCGUUCAACUUUGAUGUCAACAUCAGUGGAGAACCUCCUCCAGAUAAGAAAUGGUUGUCCAAUGACAAGGAGAUCACAUCAUCUGAUCGAAUCAAGAUUGUCUUCAAGGACUACAAUACCAAGAUCUACAUCAGAAAUGCAACCAGAAAAGAGAACGGCACCCUCACAAUCCACGCAGAAAACGUGAAUGGGCGUGACACAGCGGAUGUCAAAAUCACUGUGAUCGAUGUACCUGGAGCACCAAUGGGUCCAUUGAAUGUCAAAGAAAUGACCGCCGAUGAUUGUAUUCUAGAAUGGAAACCACCUCGAGACAAUGGUGGCAUGCCAGUCACGCAUUACAUCGUUGAGAAAUGUGACGAAACCAUGGGAGGCCGAUGGUUGCCGGCAGGUGAGACUGAUGGACCAGAAACCAACUACAAAGUAGAUGGUCUCACUCAAGGACACAAGUACAAGUUCCGUGUUCGAGCAGUCAACAAAGAGGGCAAAUCAGAGCCUUUGGAAACAUCUGGAUCCUAUGAAGCCAAAAAUCCAUUCGAAAAGCCGACCAAACCAGGACGUCCGGAUAUCGCAGACUUUGACUCUGGUUGGGCAGAUCUUAAAUGGGAAAAGCCUGAAUUUGAUGGCGGCAGCAAGAUCACGGGCUAUAUUAUUGACAAAUGGGAUGAUUUGAAUAACAAGUGGGAGCCUUGUGCCCGAACUGAAGGUGAUGAACCCAGAGGCCGAGUGAAAGGCUUGGUUGAUGGCGUCAAAUAUAAAUUCAGGGUCAGGGCUGUAAACAAGGCUGGAGAAUCUGAUGCCAGUGAGCCAUCAGGUCUUCACUUGUCUCGACCAAAGAAUGUGGCACCUAAGAUUGACAGGCACGCAAUGAUGGACAUCAUUAUCAUGGCUGGAGAACCACUGAACAUCAAGGUCCCUGUUGAGGGAGAGCCAUCCCCCACCAUGACAUGGACCAAGAACGGCGAGACCAUUGACGAUGGAAUCAGAGUCAAUUUGCGCAAGGAGAGCAAUCGAACUACAAUUCGCAUUUCUGAAUCUAAACGCUCUGAUGCCGGGGUUUACGAGCUAACAGCAAAGAAUCUCAAUGGUACAGAUCGGUGCACCGUUACAGUCAAGGUGCUUGAUGUUCCGGCACCCCCAGAAGGCCCAGUUCAGACAAGUAAUGUGACUAAGGAGUCCAUGACCGUGAGCUGGAAACCCCCCAAGGAUGAUGGUGGUAGCGAGAUAAAACACUACAUUGUUGAGAAACAAGACCAAGAAACUAUGCGAUGGGUCAAAUGCGGCGAGACUAAACAGCUUAAACUCAAUGUCAAUGGCUUGAUUGAGGGUCAUGACUACAAGUUUAGAAUAAGAGCCGUGAACAACCAAGGCGAGAGUGGCCCUCUGAUUGGACCUGCAGAACCAGUCACUGCCAAAGAUCCCUUCACCAUUCCAAGUCGGCCAGGCAAGCCUUGGGCUGAUGAUUGGGAUGUGGACCAUGUGGAUCUGAAAUGGGAACCACCAAAGAGUGACGGGGGAAGCAAGAUUAAGAAGUGGAUUAUCGAGAAGAAGACCAAAUUUGGAAUUUGGGAAAAGGCUGCUGAAGCUCCUGGACCCAACCCACGUGGUACUGUCUCUGGGUUAAUAGAGGGAACAGAAUAUAUGUUCAGAAUAAUUGCUGUGAAUAAAGCAGGAGAGAGUGAGCCCAGUGAGCCCUCAGACACCAUCACAGCAGAAGCUCGAUAUGUUAAGCCUUGGAUUGAUAUGUCCGCCAUGCAAGAUCUUGUCGUCUGUGCGGGACAAACAAUCAAAUUUGAUGUACCCAUCCGAGGAGCACCAAAUCCCACAAUCAAAUGGGGAAUCAAUAACAAAACCGUCACAACUAGCGAACACAUUGAUAUAUUUUCCACCCGUACAACAACCACUCUGGAGAUUGCUUUCUCCAAGAGAUCUGAUGGCGGUCAGUAUAGUUUGGAAGUAUCUAACGAGUUGGGAGCUGCCAAAGCUCGGGCAAAUGUCAAGGUUGUAGAUCGUCCUGCUCCCCCUGAGGCUCCUCUAAGGCUCUCAGAUGUCACAUCUAGCUCCUGUCAUCUGGCAUGGGGCGCAUCUCCUGAUGACGGUGGAUCUCCUAUUACUCACUACCUGAUUGAGAAAAUGGACUUAAGCCGCGGCUCAUGGGUUGAGGCUGGCAUCACCACCGACCUUAAAACUACCAUUUAUGGCUUAAUCAACAACAAGGAAUAUCUCAUGAGAGUGAAAGCUGUUAACGCUGUUGGAGAGUCUGACCCAACUCCAUUGGACAAGUCCUUCCGGGCAAAGAGUGACAGCGAUGUGCCUGAUCCUCCAGGCAAACCUGAAGCCUAUGAUUGGGACAUCAAUCACGUGGAUCUUGAUUGGGCCCGGCCUAUCAGCGACGGUGGAGCCCGAAUUGAAGGUUACAUCAUUCAACGGAAGCAGAAAGGCUCUUCUCAAUGGAUGGAUUGCUCGACCAUAAAUGGAGAUAUCAACAAAGGAAGAGCAUCACACCUAAUUGAAAACGAAUACUACCAAUUUAGAAUUGUUGCUUUCAAUGCCAAUGGCCAAUCCUUGCCUGGAGAGCCCAGUGGAUACAUUCAAGCUCGAGCCAGGAACCUACCGCCAAAGAUUCUUACUCCUCUGAAAAAGGUGAAUGUCAAGGCUGGUAACAACUACACUUUGGACGUGGAGUAUAUUGGUUCUCCAGAUCCCACUGUAAGUUGGUUCAUUGAGGGUAAGCCUCUUGUCACAAAUGACAGAAUUACCAUGUCCGCCAUUGCUCCCAUCACCACCUAUCACAUGGUAAAUUGCAAACGCACGGAUGCUGGCGAAAUCACCAUAAAGUUGGUUAACGAUUCCGGCUCAGACAAGGGUAGCUUCCUCUUCAACGUUUUAGAUGUGCCUGGACCUCCUGAAGGUCCAUUGGGCUAUGACAGCAUUACUGGUUCAUCUGUUCAAUUAACUUGGCGACCUCCUAAGGAUAAUGGUGGCAGUGAAUUAACCAGCUACAUCAUUGAAAAGAAAGACAUGCAUCAUGGAGGAGGUUGGGUACCAGCAGUCAAUUAUGUGGAUCCCCAUUGCUUGGUUGCUACGGUCCCUCGAUUGAUGGAAGGAACCGAAUAUCAAUUCAGAGUCUUUGCUGUGAAUGCCCAAGGACGAGGCUUGCCUCUUGUGGGCGAUCCAGUAACACCACGGGCUGAUGAAGAUGUUCCUGGCAAACCUGGACGUCCGACUGCUCUUGAUGCUGACUACACUUUCAUUAAGGUCACGUGGAGACCACCUGUCAGCAAUGGAGGUUCUGUUAUCACUGGAUAUGACGUGGAAAGACGCGAUCUUCUUGGAGGAGGCUGGAUUCGAGUCACAACCCGACCAAUUGGACGAACUGAAUACCAUGACACUGACGUGGAAGCUAAUCGCCAAUAUGAGUAUAAGGUCAGGGCGCACAACAAAGUGGGACCUGGGCCCCAUUCAGAUCCAUCCAUUCCCAUCACGGCUAAGCCCAUGAAAGCACCACCCAAGCUUAAUCUAGACGUUCUUAACCGAAGAGUCCGCGUUCGAGCUGGUGAGAGAAUUCAUGUUGAAAUUCCAUUUGAGGGUGCUCCAAUUCCUAAAGUGGAAUGGACCAAGGAAGGCAAGAGAGUUGUUACCAACCGGUUCAACUCGGACGUCUUCAGUGACUUGAUUCUCUUUGAGAUUGACAAUUCCAAUAGGCUUGACAGCGGCAAAUACAAGGUGAAAGCCGAAAAUGAAUUUGGAAGUGACUCCGGCUAUCUUCACGUCACUGUCGUGGACAGACCUGACCCUCCUGUUGGGCCUGUAGUCUACACCAAUAUUGAUAGAGAUACCAUCAAAUUGCAAUGGAAUGUACCGGAAGAUGACGGUGGUUGUGACAUCACAGGCUAUACCAUAGAAAAAACUGAGUAUGGCUCCAAUGAUUGGAUUUCUUGCCCUGGAUACGCUACUGAUUGCGCCUACACCGCAAGAGGGCUUGUUGAGGGUCGAAAAUAUCGCUUCCGAAUUAGGGCUGAAAACGCCAUUGGAGUGUCUGAUGCCUUGGAAGGCAAGCACAUUGAGGCUAGGUCACCCUAUGACCCUCCUGGUCCACCUGGACAACCGCAGGUUACCGCCUACACUCCCAGCACCGCCAGUAUCAAAUGGACGCCUCCGACCGAGACUGGGGGUCGCGAAAUUAUUGGAUAUUACAUCGAGAAACGAGAGAUUGGUUCUGAAUGGACAAGAGUCAACAACUAUCCGUGCCCAACUCUCCACUACACUGUCCCAGGCCUUAGAGAUGGAGGAAGAUAUGAAUUCAGGGUGAUUGCAGUGAAUGAGGCUGGACCUGGUCUACCAUCUAAACCAUCCGACCCAAUUACAGCUGGAAAGCAGAAGUUCAGGCCAGAUCCUCCAGAGGGCCUCCUUCCAGAUCGUGUCACCAAGUCAGAAGUGUUCCUCUCCUGGCGACCUCCCCGUAACGAUGGAGGCAGCAAGAUCAUUGGCUAUAUUAUUGAGCAACGCCACAGGAGUGAACAGGAAUUCAGGGAACUGAACACAAUUCCUCAUCCUCACCUUUCAUACACAUGCACUCGGCUCACUGAACAUGAAGAUUAUUGCUUCAGAGUAUCGGCAGUUAAUGAAGUUGGUCGAAGUGAGCCUUGCAAGGCCACCGAUUUUGUAACAAUAGGAGAACAAGCUAAUCGGCCAAAGAUUGAUCUCAGCUGCGUCAAGGAUAUUCGAGUCCGUGCAGGCGAUGACUUCUCUGUCAAUAUCAACUACAUUGGCUUCCCCAAACCAACCGCUGAAUUCAAGAAGGACGAUAUUUUGUUGUCCAACGAUUCUCGUGUUCAUAUUCAAGUUACAGAAGAGUUUGUUUCCAUCAUUGUCACCUCAUCUGUCCGCGAAGAUGCCGGUCAAUAUCGAUUGCGAUUGACCAAUGAUGCUGGAUAUGAUACUGCUACAUUUAGGGUUACCGUGCUUGAUCGGCCUGACAGACCAAGAAACAUCUAUGGUUCUGACUUUGCUGGUGAAGCUCUCACUCUUAACUGGAGUGCUCCCUUGGAGGAUGGUGGAAGCCCCAUCACAAACUAUGUCAUUGAAAAGAGUGAACGGGGUUCGGGCUUGUGGCAAAAGGUCAGCAGCUACUGUACCAACACUCAUGUUCGAGUUAGAAAUCUGAAAGUGAACACGGAUUAUGACUUCCGUGUCUAUGCUGAGAACCACUACGGCCUCUCAGAGGCUGGACAGAAUGAGGACAUUAUCAAGGCCAAACAUCCAUUCGAUCCUCCAGGACCCCCAAGCAAGCCUGUGGAACUCUCAACAACAACUGAUUCUAUCACCAUUCAAUGGAACCCACCUAGGAAUGAUGGUGGAUCUGCAGUGACUGGUUAUGUAGUUGAGAAACGGAAACCGGCUCAGAAUUGGUCUCAUGCUUGCCAUUCAACCAUCACUGACUUAACAUUACGUGUGUCUGGUUUGGAGGAAAAUGAGGAAUACGAAUUCCGAGUAGCGGCCAUUAACAUUGUUGGUCAAGGCAACUGGAGUACACAAUCUGAUCCUAUUCGGUGUGGAGCCGGUAAAUGCGCCCCUAAGAUCACAAGUGACAUCACGUUAAGGGACAUUGUAGUUAUUGCCGGCAACGACUUAAGUGUCACAGUGCCAUUCAUGGCAACACCUCAACCAACAGCCAAGUGGAGCAUUGAUGGUCUGCCAGUGGUAGGAGAUGAGCGCAUUUCCACUCAGAUCAACCAACAUGAGGCUUACUUUUACAACAAGAAAGCUAAACGAUCCGACACUGGAAUGUAUAACAUUCAACUCACCAACAGCGAGGGAUCUGAUCAAGCUGCGUGCAAGGUUUUGGUUGUGGACAGGCCAUCUCGACCUAACAAGCCUGUUGAAGCUUACGACAUCACUCCAGAGACCUGUACCCUCUCAUGGCGGCCACCAACUGACGAUGGAGGAUCCCCUAUCACCAACUACGUGGUGGAGAAAUAUGACGUGGCCGGUGGUUACUGGAACAAGAUCUCCAGCUUUGUUAGAGGAACCACAUAUGAGGUAAUUGGUUUGGAGCCUAAUAAGAAGUACAACUUCAGAGUAAGGGCCGAGAAUCAAUAUGGCCUAUCAGAUGGCACUGAAAUGGACGAGCCCAUUACGGCCAAGUUCCCCUUCAGAGUGCCAGAUUCACCGGGUAAACCCAAGGUGAGCCAAGAAUCUACGACUGCUCUUAAUUUGGUUUGGGACAGGCCCAGCUCUGAUGGAGGCAGUAAAAUCCAAGGCUACAAGAUCGAGUAUAGAGAAGUCACUGAAGAGCACUGGGUUAUUUGCACUACUUCUUUGGUUCGCAGCCAAACCUACACCAUGAACAAUCUGGUCACUGGAUGUGAAUACGAGUUCAGAGUAAAAGCCACAAAUGCCGCUGGCGACAGUCGACCAUCCAUGCCGAGCACUCAAUUCCAUCUCAAGGGCAAAGGAACCCCACCAGGACCUCCUGGAUCUCCAAUUGUCACUCGGGUAGGCAAAUCAUACGUGGACCUCAAGUGGAGUCCUCCUGCCUACGACGGUGGGGCAAGAAUCCUUGGCUAUAUCAUAGAGAAGAAACAAGUUGGUUCAUCUGUUUGGGACAGAGUAAACGAUUACAACCUUCCAGACGUUGAAUACACUGUCAGCGAUCUCACAGAAGGCCGUGAAUACCAGUUCAGAAUUCGUGCUGUGAACUCAACCGGACAGAGCGAUCCUUGUCCAGCAACCAACCCAAUCAGAGUUGGAGAUAUGGAUGAUGGUGAAUCUCCUGAUUUCAUUCGGUUCCUUCACAAUACUGGUGCUGGAUUGGGUAAGAGUGUCACUCUUGAAUGUGAAGCAUCUGGAAGACCAGCACCCAAAGCCAAAUGGAUGAAGAAUGGCAGAGAGAUCACCGAACACCCUGGAAGAGUCAUGAUGGAGGAAAAGAAUGGCGUCUUCAUUCUGACCAUCACUGAACUUUGGGAGAUUGAUGAGGGAGAGUAUACUUGUCAGGCUUACAACAACCACGGCUAUUCCAAUACCAAUUGUCGACUGAAGGUUGGCGCUCCACCUAAAAUUGAGUACCUUCCGUCUGAAUUGCAUUAUCCGGAGGGAGACAACUCAAAGAUUAAGGUGAAAUGGUCUGGUGAUCUGCCAUUCCAUGUUGAAGUAUAUAGAAACGGAAAGCUCAUCAAUGAGUCAAGCCAAUUCAAGAUGAGCAUCUUUGACGAGUUCCUUAUCAUAUUCAUGAGAGAAAUCUCUCUAGAUUUUGCCGGUCAAUACACGAUCAAGGUAUCCAACGAAAGUGGCAGCGCAGAGGGCUCUUUCAACAUAUAUGUGUCUGGUCUACCCGGGGCACCAAUUGGACCCUUGGAGGUGUCCGAGAUUUCCAGUCAUACAUGCAAUCUAUCAUGGAAUGUGCCGGCCCACGAUGGCGGAUCCAAGAUCACCAAUUAUAUCGUGGAAAGAAGGGAUUUCCAAAGCCAGCAAUGGAUCACGAUUUCAAGCUUCUGCAAAACAACUUCCUUCAGUGUUCAAGGACUUACCGAAAACCAAGAAUACUACUUCCGCGUGUUGGCGGCCAACGCCAAUGGACAUGGCCCUCCAUUGGUUGGCAUCAAUCCUGUUAAAGCUAAACCCCCUUAUGAUGUUCCUGGAGCCCCUGGAACUCCAAAUGUACUUUCAGUGGGAGGAGACUUCGUCAACCUUUCAUGGGAGAGGCCCGAGAGUGAUGGUGGUUCCAAAAUCAAGGGUUAUUGGAUUGAAAAGCGAGAAGCUGGUUAUAACUUGUGGCAGAGAGUCAACACUUACAUUCAAUCAACAACUCAAAUCAACAUCACCAAUUUGAUUGAAGGUCGCCAAUAUGAGUUCCGUGUCAUGGCUGAAAACGAUGCAGGAUUGAGUCAGCCAUCAACCAACUCCUCAUCAGUGGUAGUUAAAGACCCCGAGGAUCCUCAACCCCCAGAAAUUAUCCAACCCUUGAAGACCCUUCAUUGUGUGGAAAACAAGAGCGCCAGAUUCGCCACCAGAAUUACGGGCUAUCCUAAACCCAAGGUCACUUGGUUGAAAGGAGCUCGUGAGCUCUUUGACAGCGCCAAGCAUGAAAUCAUUGUCACUGGCAAUCUAUACGAGCUUGUGGUUAAGGGGGUAUAUGGAGAGGAAGAGGACACCUAUACCGCUAGGGCCGUGAAUAAUGGAGGAACAAAAUCAACAAAGGCUGACCUUAAGAUCAAGACCGCUCCAAAGCUCAGUGUGCCGCCUCGAUUCAGGGGAUCGGCUUUCUUCGACAAGGGCGAGAAUGGAGUUAUCAAGAUUCCAUUCACUGGCAACCCCAAACCUACUAUCACUUGGACCAAAGACGGCGAAAGAAUCGAAUCAGGAGCCAGGUAUCAGGUCAAAACGGAAGAACGACAUGCUAUUCUCACCAUUAUGGACGUGUCGAAAGCAGACAGUGGCUCGUAUACGAUCACAGCUGAAAAUGAACUUGGUCAAGACUUUGCAAUCAUUCCUGUCCAAGUGAGUGAUCGGCCAGACCCUCCUCGAUUCCCUAUUUGCGGACAAAUUGGCGCUGAUUCAUUGGUUGUGGAGUGGCAGCCUCCUGCAUGGGAUGGUGGGUCAGCCAUCACUAACUACAUCGUAGAAAAACAAGAGCUUCCAAUGACAGCCUGGACAAGAUGUGGUCACACUCGUUUCAACCUCUUCCCAGUGACGGAUCUAACUCCUGGACACGAAUAUCGAUUCCGAAUCCUGGCUCAAAAUGUCCAUGGUCAAAGCAAUCCUGCAUGGGAUGAGUCUGGAAUUGUGACGACAUUGGGUGCCAUCCUGAAGAAACAGCCUAAGACUAAAUACGAGAUUGACCCAGCCACUGGCAAAAAGAUCCGCGGUCAAAAGUGCGAGGUCAAGGACUAUGAUCAAUUUGUGUUCGAUAUCUACUCCAAAUAUAUUCCUCAACCCGUGGAUAUCAAGACCAGAGACUCGGUUUAUGAUCAUUACGAUAUCCUUGAAGAGAUCGGAACUGGAGCUUUUGGUGUGGUUCAUCGUUGCCGUGAGAUUCGCAGUGGCCACGUCUACGCUGCCAAAUUCAUCCCAAUCUCGCAUGCUAUGGAGAAGGCCUUGAUUCGGAAGGAAAUUGAUAUCAUGAACCAUCUGCAUCAUUGCAAAUUGAUCAAUCUGCAUGACGCUUACGAAGACGAAGAUGAGAUGGUCCUCAUCUUUGAGUUUGUGUCCGGAGAGAGUUUAAUGUCCCGCAUCUCUUCUAGUUUGUCGGGCGGUGAACUCUUCGAACAGAUCACCUCCGAAGGGUACGUCAUGUCUGAGGCCGAAGUUAUUAAUUAUAUGCGGCAAAUUUGUGAGGGUGUGAAACACAUGCAUGAGAGGAACAUCAUUCAUUUGGAUAUCAAGCCCGAAAACGUCAUGUGUCAAACGUCAAAGAGUACCAACAUCAAGAUCAUUGACUUUGGCUUGGCCACCAAAUUAGACCCCAACGAACUCGUAAAGAUCUCGACGGGCACCGCAGAGUUUGCAGCACCGGAAAUUGUGGAGCGAGAACCCGUCGGUUUUUACACAGACAUGUGGUCCAUUGGAGUGCUCUCCUAUGUCCUCUUGUCGGGAUUGUCUCCAUUUGCCGGGGCUACGGAUAUUGAGACCCUCAAGAAUGUGAAGAACUGCGACUGGGUGUUUGAUGACGAGGCCUUCAAGAACGUGAGUGAAGAGGGUCGGGAUUUCAUCCGAAAACUUUUGGUUCGCCAGAAGGAGCAACGGAUGUCUGCCCAUGAAUGUCUCCAGCACGCUUGGCUCACCGGCGAUCACUCCCACAAGACCUUGGAAAUCGCUCGCCAGAGAUUCUUUGCCAUUCGAGACAAGAUUCGGCAAAAAUACGCCAAUUGGAACGACUUCAAACUCCCCAUGGGUAGGCUGUCUGAAUACAGCUCGCUUCGAAAAUUGCAAAUGGAAAAAUACCGAAUCCAAGAGGUUCUUGUGGACCGCAAAUGUGCCGCUCCUCGUUUCGUGAUCAAGCCCAUCUCUACGUUUGCCAUCGAAGGUCAUAGCGCACGAUUUACAUGCCGCAUCAUUUCCAUGUCCAAUUGCACUGUGUCGUGGUAUCACAACAAUGCUGAGCUUCGACAGAGUGUCAAGUACAUGAAGCGCUACAGUGGGGAUGAUUAUACCUUCAUUAUCAACCGGACCAAGCUCUCUGACCGUGGCGAGUUCAUCAUUCGCGCUGAAAACCACUUUGGCGUGACCGAGGAGAUCGUGUUCCUCAAUGUGCAAGCCGCUCCCAAAGACAUUUCCCGGUACACUCCUGAACCAUUGCCUGUGAGGAAGCGUGAGCCAAGAAAGAUCAAGCUCUACAAAGAGGAGAGGAACACAGCUCCAAUGUUCACAUUCCACCUCCGACCACGUGUCAUCCAGGAAGGUCAGACCUGCAAACUACUGGCUUGCCUCACUGGAACACCUCAUCCAUCGAUCCAAUGGAUGAAAGGUGGUAAGGAACUCGAUCCAUCCAAGUACCCAAUUACCCAUACCGAUGGUGUCAUCACUAUCGAAAUCAUCAAUGCUCAACCAGGCGACUCCGGAAAAUACAAGUGCAUUGCCACCAACGAAAAGGGCUCGGACGCCUCAGAUUGUGUGGUUAUCGUGGAAGGUACCAAUAUGAGUGACGAGCAGAGAAACAUGUCGGAUCACAUCUUAUACUCAGAUAAACGUUUCGUGGACCAUUCGCAACGAGUGGUCAACCCUUCAUUGCCGACGGUAUCUCCCAAAGCAGUUGAGGAUGCACUGAACAACGACAAAAAGAAAAAGAACAAAGCCUACCGACGAAAUGAUUCAACAGCCAGCGGGGGUUCCAGAUCUCGGAGUGCCACCAAAGAGUUGGCUCUGCCCCCAGAUGAUUCGUUGAUGUGUCCCCCCAGUUUUAUUAAGGGACUCAAUCCUGAGGUUUCUGGCAAUGACGGCGAGCGUUUCGAACUCCAGGUUCAGGUCAAAGGAGAUCCCGAUCCUCAAGUCACCUGGUCCAAGGACGGCAAGCCAUUGAUCUCCAGCAGCAUUUUGGAGGUCAAAACCAAAAACGGUGUGUCGACCGUCACAAUCAAUGAGCUCUUCCCAGAGGAUAUCGGACGCUAUACUUGUAAAGCUACCAACUCUAAAGGCAGUGUCGAGACUUCUAGUAAGAUCUCAGUCAACGCUGUAGCCAAGAGAGCCAUGAAUGGAAAGACUAACGGUCACGCCUCUUCAGCCGCUGCAUCUCCAGCUCCCUCAGUACAUACUCAUGUUGGCUCAUCCGUAGUCAAAGACGGGGAACCAGUGGUCUUAGAAUGCACGAUCGCAGGAGAUUCUCGAUUCGACGUGGUCUGGCUCCACAACGAGAAAGAGAUCAAGCCGAGCAAGGACUUCCAGUACAAGACCGUGGGCAACAAGCACCGUCUCGAGAUUCAAGAAAUCUUCCCCGAGGACGCUGGAACGUACACCUGCGAGGCUUUUAACGACGUAGGCGAAUGUUAUUCCUCAUGUACCUUGGAAGUGGAAGUGCCUGGCGAAGAUAUCCCUGGACCCCGCUUCAAAACCUACCCCCGAUCUGCCACUGUGGCCAAGAAUGGCAGUGCCACCUUCACACUCGAAACCGUAUCAGCCCCCAAGACCAUUGCGUGGAUGAAGGACGGCAAGGAGAUCAAAGAGAUUCCUCUGAAGAUCAAAAUAUCCAACGCCAAAACGAAAAUGACCCUGGAUGUGAUGGACUGCAGUACGGCCGACGCAGGCCAAUAUGCGGUCAUUGUGACGAACGAUAAGGGCGAGAGCAAAGCAGCCUUCUCCCUGAAUGUAAACGUGUGAACAUUUAAUCAUUACUCAAUGAUUAACAACAAAAGUGCGAGAAAGAGAGAGACUAAUGGGAAGGAUGAGUGAAAUGUAGGAGUGAAUGAAAAGAAUCAACAACUAUAUAGAUUUUUUUUUAUAUUAGACUAGUCAAAUGACCACCAAUAUGCCUUACAAAAGGACGCACUCGCCAACACACAUAAAAUGCCACCACUUGAACAACAAUUCUCAACAAGUCAACCUAACAAGAAACCUCUCCAAGGUCAAAACAAACGAACAAGCAAUCUACUGUGACAAAAA